CUUAGAGAAUCUCCCUUCUUGGGGCAUAGAAAUGUGAUUGAAGCCAGCCAGAAGAAACCUGUUUAACCUAUAAUGAAGCCAUGCUAUGAAGAACAGUGGCCACGAUCAUUGGUGUAAUGUAGCAGUUUAGAACAGAGAUGAAUCCUUAUAGCUGAAUGGAUCGUUACAAUUGGGUUACUACAAUUUUACUGUUAAGGACAACUUUUUGACCUCCAAGUGGAAUGAAGGGAAAGAAAGAGGAAUUGCAUUUUGCUAAGAUUUCAUUGUCGGGGUAGACCACUCUGUGGAGGUGUUGUUUAAGCUGUGACCUAAAUGAGAGGAGAGCUGGUCUUAUGAAGACUUGGUAAAAAUCCACUUCAGAAAAAAGAAAAUCCGCUUCAGACAGAGAGAAUAUACUGUGCAAAGACCCCAAAGCAGCAUACAGAUCCCGUACAUUUUUCGUCAAGUGCAUUUCCUUGGAGUGACUGCCAGCGUGAACGUCCUGGGAGGAGCCCCAGGACACAACCCGGACCGCAGGACCAAGAUGAUCUCAAUACACAGCCUCUCCGAGCUGGAGCGUCUGAAGCUGCAAGAGACUGCUUACCACGAACUCGUGGCCAGGCAUUUCCUCUCUGAAUUCAAACCUGAAAGAGCUCUACCUAUUGACCGUCCAAGCACCUUGGAGAAGUGGUUUCUGAUUCUGAGAGGACAAGAGAGGGGUGAAGCGGUAUCACUCAAGACGUUUGGCAUUCGACUGGAAGAGGUGCUGGUGAACGAGCUUACCCGCCGCAAGCAACUUGAACUGAGAGGCGCGAUGCAGAUUGAAGAAGCCACCGGUCAGGUUGCGGGCCGUCGUCGAGGAAAUGUGGUGCAAAGGAUGUUUGGCCGCAUCAGGCGCUUUUUCAGUCGCAGGCGGGAUGAGCCCUCCUUGCCCCGGGAGUUUACUCGCCGUGGGCGUCGAGGUGCAGUCUCUGUGGAUAGCCUGGCUGAACUGGAGGACGGGGCCCUGCUGCUGCAGACCCUGCAACUUUCCAGGACUUCCUUUCCAAUUGGCCAGCGACUUCUGGGAUCCAAAAGGAAAAUGAGCCUCAAUCCGAUUGCUAAGCAAAUCCCCCAGGUUGUUGAGGCUUGCUGCAGCUUCAUUGAGAAGCAUGGCUUAAGCACAGUCGGGAUUUUCACCCUGGAAUAUUCUGAGCAGAGAGUGCGUAAGCUCCGUGAAGAAUUUGAUCAAGGUCUGGAUGUAGUGCUGGACGACUCUCAGAAUGUGCACGAUGUGGCCGCACUCCUCAAGGAGUUUUUCCGUGACAUGAAGGACUCUCUGCUGCCAGAUGAUCUGUACAUGUCCUUCCUCCUGACAGCAACUCUGAAGCCACAGGAUCAGCUUUCUGCCUUGCAGUUGCUGGUUUACCUGAUGCCACCUUGCCACAGUGACACCCUGGAGCGUCUCCUGAAGGUCCUGCAUAAGAUCACUGAGAACUGCGAGGACUCCAUUGGCAUUGAUGGACAGUUGGUUUCAGGCAAUCGAAUGACUUCCACCAAUUUGGCUUUGGUGUUUGGAUCUGCUAUCCUGAAGAGGGGGACAUCUGCCAAGAGGGAGUCCAGGAAAACAAGACUGGGGAUUGACCACUAUGUUGCUUCUGUCAAUGUGGUCCGUGCCAUGAUUGAUAACUGGGAUAUCCUCUUUCAGGUGCCUCCCCAUAUUCAGAGGCAGGUUGCUAAGCGUGUAUGGAAAUCCAGUCCUGAAGCCCUUGAUUUUAUCAGACGCAGGAAUUUGAGGAAGAUCCAGAGUGCACGGAUAAAGAUGGAAGAGGAUGCUUUACUUUCUGAUCCAGUGGAAAACUCUGCUGAAGCCCGGGCUGCUGUCCUUGGUCAAAGCAAGCCCUUUGAUGAAGGUUCCUCUGAGGAGCCAGCUGUGCCUCCCGGCACUGCCCGUUCCCAUGACGAUGAUGAAGGAGCGGGUAAACCCCCCAUUCUGGAGCAAGACCGCCCAUUGCUCCGUGUGCCCCGGGAGAAGGAGGCCAAAACUGGCGUCGGCUACUUCUUUCCUUAGAUGUUUUUCCUUCUAUAUGGUGCCAGACAGGGGGAAAGGGUGGGGGUAGACCUGGGAUGUCACAGGAAACAUUAAGGAGAGUCUUGAAGGUAAAGAUCUGAGGGUAAGAAGGAGUUCUACCUGAUGCUCGGGUCAGGUUGUGAAUUCCAAACACACUACCAGCCCCUUUACUGGGGAUGCUUGGUCCCUUCAGCUGGUAAAAGUGGAGAUGUUUCUGUGUCAUGCUCAGGCGCCCUGGUGCUACCUUGCCUCUCUCUUUUAUCCCUGAUCCUGGCUUUCCCUUACUACAGCCGUUCCUUUAAUUGAUGUGACAUUUGUGGUAAACACCUGCCCCAGAGAAGCUCACAAAUCUCGAGGUGCUUUCCUUCCCCCAAAGGGGAUUGCAUGCUUUUCCUGACUUUCCUACCCUCCUCCUAAGAGCUCAAUUGGAAAGGCCCUCAAGAGGCACGCUAGGAUGUUAGUUCAGCCUACUGACAGCUGACAGUUAAUGCUAAACCAUGUCACACCAACUCAUAGCCGUGUCCCCACAGCCACUCCACCGCCUCAGGAUAAUUGUUUCCAAAUUAUUUAGACCAAUGGCUCGUCAAACAGCCACUCCCCAAAUCCUGAGAAACCCAACUAGCUUUUCUGGGGUCAAAAGUUAGAGGAAAACUUGGAUUUUAUUACCUAGAUCUGUUUUACAGACAGCUGGCAGCCACAUCCUGUUGUCAGCAAAACAGCUAGUUAAGUAUGAACACAUAGUUCCAAGCAGUAAAAGUCACCUGAUUACAAAUGUUCUUAAAUAUCGUCUCUGUAGUUCCUCUAUGCAGGACGGUGCAAAUUUGCGGGACAUGCUCUGGUAACACGCAGAUAUGGGUUAUGUAUGACAUCCAAACUUAUAGCUGUUAUUGAGGGGUACCAACUGCUAAGGUCCAUAGAAUGAAGAAUAUAUUGUAUUGAGGGAUAGAAAUUGAUCAGACAAUGGGUAACAACCGCAGAGCUCGAAGAUUUGUGAUUGUUAAAACUUCUCUGGCAUUUAAUCAUUAAUAAACAUCUGUAUUGUGAC